AUGGCACUAAAGAGGUUGUGUGGUCUCGAGCGACGACUGAAGAAGGAUCCUUCUCUCGAACAGGCUGUAUGCCGAAAAAUCGAAGAAUACCAGACGAAGCAGUAUGCGCAUAAGUUGACGGAUGAAGAGAUGGUGUCGGUGAAUCUCAAGAAGAUUUGGUACCUACCUCUCGGCGUUGUUGUCAAUCCAAAUAAACCUGGCAAGAUACGUUUGGUCUUGGACGCGGCGGCUCAAGUGAAUGGAACAUCGUUAAAUUCCAUGCUGCUUUCUGGGCCGGAUCUUCUAACAUCGCUGCCAGCCAUUAUUCAGCAGUUUAGAGAGCGUCCGGUGGCUUUCAAAGCGGACAUACGCGAAAUGUUCCACCAAUAUCGGAUUCGGGAAGCUGAUAAACACGUAUUGCGUUUCCUUUUCAGAACAGACCCUUCGUGUAAGCCGGACGUGUACGUUAUGGAUGUGGGAACCUUCGGGGCAGCUUGCUCACCUACAUCCGCUCAAUACGUGAAGAAUUUAAAUGCCUCCCAACAUACGGACCAAUUCCCAGACGCAGCAAGAGCUAUAGUUCGUCGACACUAUGUCGACGACUACCUCGACAGCGCCGAUACUGCUGAAGAAGCCAUUAAUCGAGCAAAGCAGGUCCGCUACGUGCAUUCGAAAGCUGGGUUCGAGCUGCAUAGCUGGGUCUCGAACGAAAGAUCGUUCACUCGAGCACUAGGUGGACAAGAAACUGAGGAUCGAGUGCCGCUGCAACUGAAUGAUGAUGGAGCAACGGAACGUGUUCUUGGGAUUAUAUGGUGUCCCCACGAGGAUGUUUUUACCUUUUCAACCAACUUUCGGAAGGAAUUGCUACCGUACCUCAUCAACGAUCAGCGACCGACAAAGCGGAUAGCCCUCCGAUGCUUAAUGAGCCUUUUCGACCCGCUCGGAUUCCUAUCUCCCUUCACAAUCCAUGGCAAAAUCGUUUUACAAAGUCUGUGGCGUACUGGUUGUGAUUGGGAUCAGAAGGUCGACGACGAAAGCUACACACGUUGGUCCCAGUGGAUAUCGAAACUGCCUAUGAUUGAAGAAGUAAAAAUCCCGCGUUGUUAUCUACAAGGUGCUUCUCCGAAGGUCUACGAAGACUUACAGCUUCAUGUGUUCGUCGAUGCCAGCGAACAGGCGUAUGGUGCAGCUGCUUUUUUCCGAAUAACAACCGACGAUGGUCCCCGGUGCUCAUUGGUGAUGGCAAGAACGAAGGUGGCCCCGCUGAAGCUGAUGUCAAUCCCUCGUAUGGAACUAAUGGGUGCAGUACUAGGAGCGAGAUUGCUGAAUUCAGUUGAAGGUAACCAUGAACUGAAGGUAAUGAAACGCACGCUCUGGACCGACUCUCAAAAUGUGCUCUCGUGGAUCCGAUCCGAUCAGCGGAAGUAUAAACCAUUCGUGGUCUUCAGGAUCGGCGAAAUUCUCCAAGAGACGAAGAUCGACGAAUGGCGUUGGGUGCAAACGAAGUAUAACGUGGCGAAUAUGCUCACCAAGUGGGGCAAGGGCCCUUGCUUGGAUUCUGAUGGACCCUGGUUUGCUGGACCUCAAUUUCUGCAGCAACCAGAGGAGAUGUGGCCGAUACAGAAGACACGAAGAUCGAACUCCGGGUUCCUUUCGAACUGCCGCCGUCGGAUUGAUCGAACGCCCAUCGAGGUCAUUCCAGAUGCUACCGAAAGAAUGCGAAAAUUGGUGAUCCGUGAUGUAAAUUAUACCAUUGUUCCGCUGAAACAAGAAAAAUACGAAUUAGCCGAAGUUCUGCUGUGGAAAACGGCGCAACGUGAGACGUUUGCGUGCGAAGUAGCUAUCACACAAAAGAACCGUCAACUGACAUCGGAAAAUUGGAUUCCGAUUGAGAAAAACAGUGCCAUCUAUCACUGCAAACCGUUCCUAGAUGAGUGUGAUGUAUUACGGAUGGACGGCAGGACGAAAUAUGCGGACUUUAUUCCUUACGACACAAGGUUCCCCAUCAUUCUACCAAGAGACCACGAAAUCACUGAUUUGCUGCUAGCGGAAUAUCAUCGGCGUUAUGGACACGCAAACCGAGAGACAACGUUCAACGAAAUCCGACAGCGUUACUAUAUCCCGAAGCUGCGAAGUGGUGUGAAGAGGGCGAUGAAAAAUUGCCAAUGGUGUAGAGUCAAGAAGAGUCGACCGCAAGUACCUACUAUAGCACCUCUACCGGUUGAACGAUUGAUGCCGUUCCUGCGACCAUUUAGUUAUGUCGGCGUCGACUAUUUUGGGCCAAUCGAGGUGGCAUUAGGACGACGGGUCGAAAAAAGGUGGGUUGUACUUUUUACAUGCCUGACGAUCCGAGCAGUGCAUUUAGAGAUUGCACACAAAUUGAACGCUGACUCGUGUAUCAUGGCCAUACGGAGAUUUGUGCUGCGUAGAGGUCCACCAAUCAUCAUUUUCUCCGAUAAUGGCACCAACCUGAAGGCAGCCAACAAGGAACUCCAAGAGCAGAUACGUCGGAUCGGGACAGGCUGUGCCAAUGUCUUUACCAAUGCCAAGACACGUUGGUGCUUUAACCCGCCAUCGGCCCCUCAUAUGGGGGGCAUAUGGGAGCGUAUGGUACGGACGGUCAAGUCGACUAUGGCAACACUGAACACGAACCGUAGAAUGAAUGAUGAAACUCUUUUGACCGUUAUCGCCGAAGCCGAAGAGAUCGUUAACUGCAGACCAUUGGUCUACAUGCCGCAAGAAUCAACGGAUGCCGAGGCGCUCACGCCCAACCAUUAUUUGCGUGGUACAGUUACAGAGUUGAAGGAUCCUUGCAUCGCACCGUCAGGCUGA